AUGGCAGAAAAUAACAGCGAUUCAGGUGAUGAGUUUGGUGAUUUCGAAGGUGUGACGGAUGACCAAGAACAAUUAGUGUUAUAUGUCAAUGAGUUAGUACCGAAGGUGAACUUGGGAGAUGUAUGCCAACAGAAACACGAUCUUGAAGAGCUACUGGCCGAGGAGAGACCUCGAGUUAUCUACGAGCAAUUAGUCGAAUUGCAUACUGUAUUACAACCCAUAACAUGGAAGAGUUCCCAUCUGAGGUCUCAUUUGUUGCAUGUAAUGAGGCUGGAGGAGCAUGAUAAAAGCGAUAAGCACAUUAUAGAGGAAGCUGUCGACGAUCAACUGUAUACGCGGAUAUGCUCUAUGCUUCCGACAUUUUCUGCUGAACAAGUACGCUCGCCGGCUCUCAUACUGAGGGACCAAUUCAAGUAUAUGUAUGCCCCUCCACUAACACAUUCGUCUUUGCAAGGUGAGGCAAUCCAUGAACAAGAAGAACAUGUACCGUCACUGCUGGCAGUAAAAAUGGACUCAAUACAAAGUGCAAAAGAGAUGGAACAGUAUCAUGAUAAACUAUGUAAUGCUAUUGAUGCAUUAAUUGUGACGUUGAAACAGAUCGAGCUACAACAAGCCAAUUUAACAGCAGAUAAGACAACUUACGAGAAUGUCGUAACAAAUUUGACAGGCCAUACGCAACGGCUUCAGAGAGAUGAAAUCGAGCUAUAUAACAAGCAUAAGAAUAGACGGAAGAGAUUUUCCUGGAUCGGUAGAUAG